GUUUAUACACUAUAUGGUACGUACACUCUUGUGCACCACAGACCGUAUAUGAGUUGUACACUCACAGUUGUCUUGAGGAAGUGCUCACUCAGCGCCCCGCCCACUCAAACAGUAAACCAGUGGGACCUGAAUCUGACAAAAAACUUUCUCACUAUUGUAACUUGCGUUAUUCUAUUGCAUUUAAAUUCUGGCUCAGCAGCGCAGUGUGUAGAGAAAAAGGAUGACCACUGACCAGGAGCCCACCUACACGGUCAAACUAGUCCAGCUACUGCUCCUGUCCACCUACUGGGGCAUGCAGAUAUGGGUCACGUUUGUCUCCAGUUUUGUAAUGGACAACCACUUGAACAGACACACAUUUGGGUUCAUUCAGAGCAGACUGGUACCCUUUUAUCUGCACCUGGGGUCUGCUUGUGCCUUCUUCAACCUCACCAUUUAUGCUGUGUACCACCCCAGUGACUUGCUUGAUGAGAGGGAGUCUUUCCAGAUCUUUAUCUUCUUCAUCUCUGUGACAGUUGCGGCCAUUAAUGCUCAGUGGUUUGGACAAAUGACCUCAGAAAUCAUGGCUGACAUGCAUCUCAUUGAGCAGUCCUGUGGGUUGGGUCAGGACAUCGGGUUGUCAUCAAACCGUGAAGCCUAUGCCAAACUUUGUGAGACCGAUGUCAAAUACAAGCACCUGAGCAGCCGCCUGUGGCUCUACAGACUGCUCUCCUCCCUGUGUAACUUAUGCUGUAUUGGCUGCAACUUCUACAGUCUAUGCUACAUGGCAGAGAAUCUAGUCACAUUGUAGUCAGCACUAUUUGCCGGACUGUUUUGUUUUAUUCAAGCGUUAAGUUAUGUAUUUAACAAGUCUCUGUUUCACAGUACCUCUACCAUAGAUGUAAAGGUCGAUUUUACCUCUCUUUUUCAGGAAAUAAUUGGAUGUGAGUUUUCACUGAGGUUUUAGUGGAGCUGCCUUUUGUCAUUAACUCGGCAUGAGCCCAAUCAGUUCCUGCAACAUGAGUCACACCUCACCUUUCACCCAGUGCCUACCAUUGGUUUUUUCAUGACUGGUUAAUAUAGAGAGCAAGGUAGAUGCUAAUAGAAAGACACCAAAUAUAUUUAGAUGAAAAGAGUCGACUUGAUAUCUUUGCACUGUACGUUUUACUAUUUAUUUGAGUAGAUAGUGAAAGGGAAUUGAUGCCACAUAACUCUCCUGCUCUUUCUGUUCAUCUUGAGGAUCCAGUGUUGGUCAAACUUACAAAACGUCUGCAGCUAUGAGACUAGAAACAUCUCCACAUAUCUAACUCUCCAUGUGAAGCACAAAUGGUAAAUGUACUCAACAGUAAUGCAGCAGGACUUGUUUGCAGAUUACAGGGUGUGUCUUAUUUUGGGGAAGAUGAUGAUUUUAUUAACUCAUUUAUAAAACAUUGUUAGAUUGUGUUAUUGAUGUCCUGUAUGAUGAUGGUCUGUAGUGACAGAGGACAGACCUGAAUGACCAGAUUCUAUUUUCUCUGUAUGUUCUCAACAUAUGCACAAAAAUGCAAAAUGACCUUAACUACAUUAUAAAUGCAAUUAGCUCAAAAGGGAAAGUGUGGUGUGACAUAUUGUCAAACAUUAACUAGUUUUGUUUCUGUGGAGGAUAUUAUUGUCGUAAAUGUGUGGCUCCCAUAUAGUACUACUUUGUUGUAGGUUAUGUGGAGGUAGCUGAAUUCACAUUUUGGUCAACUUGAUUGUCUUUGGUUUUUUCAUGUUAAUCAGAUAAAAUACAGCACCUACAGGAGUCACCACAAGUUCUUAUGUAGAUGAAUUAUUACUGUGUGAUUGCGCCUUAUGCACAAAGAUGCACUCGGUACAAGGGUUCUGGCAAAAACAAUGCAAUUUACUGCCUUAAACAGUUAAGUCCAUAUAUGCGCUUUGUCUUUGUACAAUGAUCUAUGAAAACGUGAGUAAAGGACAGCUAAAGCAGCAAUUUAUAUUUACUACUAAUGUAAGUUAUUUUUAAUAUUUGGAGUAUUCUAUUUUAAUCUGUAGUAUAAAGUUUUAUACUUUUUAAAAUUGUGGUUUUAUAUAAUGCAUAUUGUACAGUUGGGCUUAACUAUUGGCAGAUUUUAGAGCUAUGCUGAACAAAGUGUAAAUAAUGCAAGUAACAGUUUUACCCAUCUGAGUUUUUAAGUUAUAGAAAGCUUCACUGUGAUUUUUGUGCAAAAAUGCCCUCGCUGUUCCCAGAGGGUUGAAGGUGAGCAGGUCCAGGUACAGUUUGUGGUGAUGGGAUUUGAAUAAAGUUUAUUAUUAUUUCA